AUGUCCUCCCCAAGCGUUCGCGACCCCGACCAGAGAAACCCUGCCACCGCCCACAAGUCUCGCAAGGGUUCCGGUUCCAGCGCCGCAUCCUCAAGACCGGAGGUCACCACUCCCAAGCACAAGAAAACUCCCCGCAAGCUGCAGACAAAAACCCCCAAACAGGUCGAGGAAGACGUUGACGACGAGAAGCCUCCCACCCCAUCUCCCCAGCCGAAGAAGAAGACCCAGCCCGAGCCCGAGCCCGAGCCCGAGGAAACCCCGGCUCCCGAGGACAACCAGGAGGAGCCGGAGGAGCCAGAGGAGCAAGAGGAGGAAGAGGAGGCACCCUCUGUUUCUUCAUCUAAGCCGAAGAAGAAGUCCAAGCCCGAGGCUGAGCAGCGGGGAAUUUCGUCCCCUGUCCCAGACGAUGCCCAGUCACAGGCAUCCGGCUCUGCAAGCCGAAGUGGCAAGGCCUCGGACUUGGCAGGCACAGCCAAGGGUCUUGGUGGUAAGGUGAAGGAUACCGCACAGGAUGCCGGAGAGGAAGUCCAGAAGAACGUUCCCUCUACCCCUCUUGACCUGUCCGCCUUGAAGGGCCUUGAGGUGGGUGAAGGCGGUCAGGUCCUCGGUCAGGAUGGAAACCCUCUGGGACGAGUGGUGGAAGGCGAGCCGGAGGAUCUCGUUGGCCAGGAAGUGGGUGAGGACGGAGAGAUCCUUGAUGAAGACGGCGACCUCAUUGGCCGUGUGGAGCUUCUGCCCGAUGCAGCGCAAAAUGUCACGGACAAGGCAAAGGAAGACCUUCCUACCGAUGAAGCGCAGAAUCUCACCGACAAGGCGAACGAGAAUCUCCCUACCGAUCUUGAUCUAUCCGCCCUGAAGGGCCUCGAGGUCGGUGAAGGUGGCCAGGUCCUUGGCAAGGAUGGCAACCCCUUGGGACGAGUCGUCGAAGGCGAGCCUGAGGAUCUCGUUGGCCAGGAAGUGGGUGAUGAUGGAGAGAUUCUUGACGAAGACGGUGAUCUCAUCGGUCGCGUGGAGCUUCUGCCUGACGCUGCGCAGAACCUCACCGACAAGGCGAAGGAUGUUCCAGAACAGGCUGAGGAUGUUGCCUCGGAAGCGAAGGACACCGCAGACGAGACUGCCGAUCAGGCCAAGGACAAGCUCGAAGAGACCGCUGAUCAGGCCAAGGACAAGGCCGACGAAACGACCGAACAGGCCAAGAAUGCCGUGACUGAUCUCGCCGACCUCGACGGUCUUCCCGUCUCGGAAGAAGGACUCAUCAAGAACAAGGACGGCCAAGCCGUCGGCAAAGUCGCCGAGGGAGAUCCCGAGGAUCUUGUUGGCUAUACUGUGAAUGACAAGGGAGGGAUUGUCGACGAAGACGGCGACCUCAUUGGCCGAGUGGAACUCUUGCCACAAGAAGCCCAGGAUGUUACUGAUAAGGCUGGUGAGAUCCCCGAGCAGGCCGAGGAUAAGGUAGAAGAGACGACCGAACAGGCUAAGAAAGCUGUGACCGACCUCGCCGACCUCGAUGGCCUUCCAGUGUCUGAUGGGGGCGUCGUUAAAGACAAGUCCGGCCAAGUCGUGGCAAAGAUUGCCGAGGGCGACCCGGAGGACCUUGUCGGCUACACUCUGAACAACGAAGGCGAGGUCCUGGAUGAGGAUGGCGACGCCAUCGGCCGCGCUGAAAUCGUAUCGCAACAAGCCAAGGACGCCACAGACGGGAUCGAUGACACCGAGAAGCUGGCUCCUGAAGACCAGAGCACCCAAGAGGAUAUCGCCAAGCAAGCUGUUGAAAGCGUCCAGCAGCAAGACUUUGAUGGCACGACCGAGAAAGCCCAAUCCGCAGUCGACGACGCUAAGGAAGAAGCCGAGGAACAACUGCCACCACUAUCCUCACUUGAAGGUAUGAAGUGCACCAAGUCAGGCAAGAUCGUCGACCCGAACACUGGCAAGCCAGUCGGUGAGCUCAUCGAAGGCGAUCCAAAGAAGAUCUCCCGCAUGGGAGCUCAAUUGGACGACAAGGGCCAGUUCUGGGACAAUCGUGGCAACGUCAUCGGCAAGGCAAAGACCCUUCCUGUUGAGGACUACGAGGGCGAGCCGCCCUUCGCUGGCCUAGAAGGUCUCCACGUUGUUGAGGACGGAUGGGUUGAAGACGACAAUGGCAAACGAGUCGGCAAGGUUGUUAAAGGAGACCCGAAGAAGCUUCUUGGACGUGCGGUCGACGAAGACGGAGAUAUCACUGACAAGAACGGUAAUGUUAUCGCACAGGCUGAAUACUACGAAGCCCCCGACGAGCCGGAGCCUGAGAAACCUGAUCUUUCUCAGCUGAACGGCUUGAAGCCUAACAAGCUGGGAUUUGUUAUUGGUCCAAACGGUGUGCCCAUUGCCCGUGUGGUAGAGGGGAAUCCAAAAGAGCUGGCCGGUAAAGAGAUCGACGAUGGCCAGAUCUGGGACGGCCGCAAGCCCAUUGGACGCGUGGAGCUCAUCCCCGAAGAGGAGCGUGAAAAGAAGCCUGAAGGCGUGUUUGCCGGUCUUGACAACCUUGUCGUGAAUAAGGAAGGCUUCGUCGAGGACGAUGAAGGCAACAUUGUCGGCAAAGUGAUCGAGGGCGACCCCAAGAAGCUCCGCGGCCGCGCCGUCGAUGAAGACGGAGACAUCAUCGACAAGUUCGGCAAUGUCAAAGGUCACGCCGAGCCUUACGAGCCAGAAGAGGAGGAGGAGGAAGAGAAGCCGGAUCUAUCUGUUUUGGAGGGAAAGACGGUCAACAAGGCUGGCAACGUCGUCGACGCGCAGGGCAAUAUCUACGGACGUAUCGUUUCCGGAGAUGGGAAGCGCCUUGCUGGCAGAAAGGUUGACGGCCAGGGCCAAAUCUGGGGUGACAAUGGAAAAGUCAUCGGCAGAGCCGAGCUCGUGCCUGGUGCAGAGCAGGAGAAGCCCGAAGGAAAAUUCUACGGAUUCGACAAUGCAGAAGUCGGCAAAGACGGUGUCGUCAUGGCCGGCGGCCGUAUCGUCGGCCGUGUCAUUGAAGGUGAUGCCAAACGACUCCUUGGUCGUAAGGUCGACGAAGACGGGGACAUCCUCGACAAGAAUGGCAACACCAUCGGAAAGGCUGAACGCUGGGAGCCAGAAGAAAAGAAGCGUGAUGUCAACCCCAUGUCGGGCCGAAAGGUCAACAAAGAGGGCGAGGUCCGCGACGCUGACGGUAACCUCAUUGGUAAAUUGACAUCGGGCAAUCUGCCAACCCUCGUCGGCAAGGUGAUCGACGACAACGGCUAUGUUGUCGACAAUGAUGGAAACAAGCUGGGCGAGUGUACCUUGCUCGAGAACCUGCCAGAAGAGAAGGAAGAGGAACCGGAACCCGAAACAGGACCGACCGAAGAGGAAUCGGAGGCCCAGAAGAAGGCCGAGCAAGACAGGGAUCUGGCGAAGAAGAUGGCUGGCAUCAUCGGACAGACUCUCGAUCGUCUUCAGCCUACCUGCAAGAGAAUUGCCGAGCUGCUCGAGAGAGCCGAUCGCACACCACGCGACGAACUGGACGAAGAGAAGCUAGUCAAGGAAGUCAGACCCCUGAUCGAAGAGGGCGGACAGGUCCUUCAGGAAUGCAACGGAGCCAUCCGGGCUCUGGAUCCCGAUGGCUCGAUCGCUUCCACUGCCAAGGCUCGCGCUGCAUCACACGAAGCAACUCCUGAAGAAUAUGCCCUCGCCGAGAAGAUCAAGGAGCUGAGCGAGCUUGUGAUGAACACGAUCGAGAACGGCCGCAAGAGGAUCGCAGACAUGCCUCAUGCAAAGAAGAAGCUCAACCCUCUGUGGGCCCUGCUCAGCGAGCCUCUCUUCCAGAUCAUCGCGGCUGUUGGUCUGCUUCUUAGCGGCGUGUUGGGCCUUGUAGGUCGUCUGCUCGAGACUCUUGGAUUGGGUCCUCUUCUGAACGGUCUGCUGGGUGGACUGGGUCUCGAUAAGCUCCUCGGUGGCUUGGGAUUGUCUUCUCUAACGGAUUCUUUGGGAUUGACCGGAAAAAAGAAGGACUAA